GCAGGCGGGCGGCCAUGGCUGCGCCAAGGGCAGGGCGCCGGGCCCGGGGCCGCCGGGAGCCGGGCACGUGGCCGGGCCGCCCCUCCCCCGGGGGGCGGGCGGGGAGGCGCGAGGGGGGUCACGUGGUGCCUGCGCCUGGGUCCCCGCGCCGUUGGCUGACAGCAUCAGAGGAAGGAGAUUACAGUAUUUUGGCUGCAGUGCUCAGCUUUGAGGCUUCGUUCUUUACAACUUUGAGGGAUAUGAGGCCACUUGGAAAAGUGCUUUGUGCUACAGGGAUUAUAGCUGUACUUCUAGCUUUCUUCUGGAAAGACACUUUUAACCCAGAGAGCCUUUCUGGUGCCCGUGUUCUCCUGACUGGAGCCAGUGCUGGGAUUGGAGAGCAGAUGGCAUACCAUUAUGCCAGAUUUGGUGCUGAAAUUCUUCUGACUGCUAGGAGGGAAGCUGUGCUGCAGAAGGUGAUGGAGAAAUGCCUGACACUUGGAGCAAAGAAAGUCUUUUAUGUUCCGGCCGAUAUGUCUUCCCCUUCAGAGCCUGAAAAGGUGGUUCAGUUUGCUGUCCAAAAACUGGGGGGACUGGAUUACCUAGUGUUAAACCACAUUGGCAAUUCCCCUUUCCAGAUGUGGAAUGGAGAUGUGGAAUACACCCACUGGCUCAUGCAGGUGAAUUUCUUUAGUUAUGUGGCCCUUGCAACAGCAGCUCUUCCCACCCUGGAGAAGAAUAAAGGCUCUCUGGUGGUCGUCUCUUCCCUCACAGGGAAAAUACCCACUCCCUUCACCACUUCUUACUCUGCCACCAAGUUUGCUUUGGAUGGAUUCUUCAGCUCACUGCGCCAUGAACUCAUCAUGCAGAAGAGAAACGUAUCUGUCACACUGUGCAUCCUGGGCCUGAUUGAUACUGAUACGGCAUUAGAGAAAACCAGGGGUAAAGUGUACCUAACUGCUUCUCCUGCUGCUGAAGCAGCACUCGCCAUCAUCCAAGCGGGUGCCACCAAGGUGCAGGAGGUUUUCUACCCGUGGUGGCUGCAGUACACAUGCAGCCUCUGGGUUUUGUUCCCCUGCCACCGGAAUCAGGUUUUACAGAGUUACUAUAACUACAGCAGCCCUUGAAGGCUGCACAGUCUCAGUCUCCUCUCCUGUACUACACCCCUUCUAAUUAUAGUCACCCCUGUCCCACUAAGCAUUCCAGUCAACCAUCACUAUCAGUUGGGAGCAAGACAGCAGUGGUGGAAAAGUAAGCUUAGCUCAUUUCAUAAGACUCUGCUUGAACUCCCUUUCAUCCUUUGAGGUGCAAAAACCUGUGGCUUUUUGAGUCAGCCCCAUUGUCCGGUCCCUGCUUCUGUGCAUGCAAAACUCCAGCAUGGUUGACACAGGUGAAUCUGGAGCUGGGAGUGUUUUCUGAGUGAUUUGGGCAAAGUGUGCGUUUGUUUUUUCAUCCCCACUGUACCUAUUCCCUCACUGGAAGGACUCAAUCCUUUAGCCUGUUCUUCCUUCCCUCACCCCUCUGUCUUUUCCAUCUGCUUUUUGUCUCCAAGAUGCUCUUAUUUAGCCCCUUUACUCACGAUUGUCCCAUCGAGGAGGAACAGCAGUGUCUGGAAGCCAUGCAAGGCUGGUUACUAACCUGUGUUUUCAAAGGUGUUAAAACUAGAAUAAAACUUAGGUUUAUGGCUUUUU